AUGGAGCAGGUUGUAACAACAUGGAUGGUUACGGGGAGAGAUGAAGAGGUGGAUGCUGCGGUGUCUGAUGUUAGUCAGGGUCGACUGCUUGGAGUGGUUAAAGCCUUGGGCCAGUAUCUUACCUCAGAGGACGACACCCUACGGACCAAGGGCGUCGAGUUUCUAUCGACUGUUAUUGUAAAAUGCCCACCAACCGCGCUGAACCCGCAAUCAGUCAAGGUCCUAUCGACUUUCUUUUGCGACAAGCUCGACGACACAGAGACAAUAAUCCCCGCGUUGAAAGGACUGGGCAGUCUUCCAGCGAUAUGCACCGGAGAGGACGCGGAGAAGAUUAUCAAAGCCAUCUUUGCCCAUGUUCGCAUGCGGGCCCUGGUCCAAUCAGUGAGAUUUUCAGUCUUCUCCAUUGUCGAUGGGUUGGUCAAGCACCACAAAGAAGUCUUGAAAAGCAUGAAAAGCGAAUUCGUUCGGCCAUAUAUUUCUCUCGCAGAAGGCGAAAAAGACCCACGUAAUCUGCUCGUCGCGUUUACCAUUGCUCGCGUAAUCUUACUCGAAUUCGAUCCGACUCCCCACAUCGAGGCACUAUCUAACAUCCUCUUCUGCUACUUCCCGAUCACCUUCCGACCUCCUCCAAAUGACCCAUACGGAAUCACUGCUGAUGACUUGCGAGUUGCCUUGCGCAAUUCUCUCAAAGCCCACCCAGACUUUGGCCCCUUUGCCAUACCAAUAUUCUUAGAAAAGCUUGGUGCAGGUUCCCCAGCAAUCAAGCGGGACACAUUACAAACAAUGGCCCAAUGUUUCCCCGUUUACGGCCCCUUUCUUGCGCGGAAUAAUGCUAGGAAGCUCUGGAACUCACUGAAACUAGAGAUUUUUCAACCGACAGACCCGCUCACCGAAGCAGAAGCACUCGCGACUUUAUCUGCACUCAUCAUCACAAUACACGAAGACGAAGCCCAAGACGAUGAUAUCCAAGGUCUCGCACGUGAUGCUUGUGAGGAAUGCAUCGGAAUACUCCGCGAACCGGAGAAGAGUCAGGCACGGGCAGCAAUCAAGGUUCUGUGUGCCUUUAUGGCCACAACACCAUCGGUAUCAAAGUAUACCCUCGCAAAUGUGGUACCCCACCUCCUUAAACUCUUCGCCGACCCGCGAGAGGUGCCUGCCAGGCCAUCAGUGCUACUGCUACUCUCAGAGGUGAUCGCUGCUGCUCGUGAUGCAUCCAAAAAGAGUGGUACCCCGUUGUUAGCAUCCUACAAAGAUGAAGUUCUUGGUGGUUGUGUGUCCGGUCUCAAUGCUACUGUGACCAUACGGCCGGCGCUUGCUGGGCUGACUGGUCUUGUUUCCACCCCGGAACUUAUCUCAGAAGAGGAAAUCGGAUUCAUUGUAGUUAAAGCUAACGAGAAUUUGGCGCAAACGCUGGACGAAGACCAUUCUGACGACAGAAGUGCCAUCAUUAAACUCUUCCUCACCAUUUCUGCACGCUCACCGCUCCCGAUUCGCGACCAAACACUCCCCCUUCUGUUCGCCGCCCUCCCGACAACAGCGCCCAGUCGAGAAGACACUGCUGCACGAUCCAAGUACCACGUCGUCCUCUCUGUUCUCAGCACACUCAGCCCACCUGCUCCCCUUUUCGCUGCGCUGAUUUCGGAAUUGCAUCCGCGUAUCAACUCUCUCGCAUUUCCAAGUGAACACGAUCUCGACGAAGAGUUAUCAGCAGCCUUGCUUCAUUCGCUGCUGUUUGCGAUACGUCGCGCGUUAACAACAAAGAUCGACGAGUCGCACGAUGACAUUGGGAACUAUGUCGAGACAUUGGUGCCUACCCUUUUUGGUGUAUGCGUACGGGCGGCUUUACAAGGAGGCCCUGCGCGGGACCGGCGAGUGGUUGCUGUUGCUGGGGAUAUCAUGAAUUUGGUUGUUCAGCGACUUUCGGUGGAACAACAGCAGACCUUUGCGUCCAAACUGGUUCCAGGCUUUCUCUCUGGAGGAAUCGCAGCUAUCUGUGCUAGCGAACAUAUUGCUGCAGGCUUCCGAUUUAUCCCUUUCGAGAAGGAUGGCACUCCCGCAGAGAGGGACCUCUUGGUACUGUUCGAAGCCGGAAUAGCGCCUUUGAACCCGGCAGUCAGAAUUGACGCCGAUAUCAAUACGUGUCUGCAACAGAUUCAGGUUCAAGGUCUAGCAUAUGCAGAGGACAGCCUCCAGGAAACAAGUGUGAUCCGGCUUGUUGCCUCAAUUGUCAAUAAACACGUCGAUGAACUGGCGCCAUUCCUUGAUAGGAUGUCAACAACGUAUUGGUCGACUCAGAUCAUUGGCUCGGCAGAACCCGAACGACGGAGACAGGCAGUCAGGAUGUGGACCUGGUUGAGCAAGGCUCUGUUAGUCCGAAGUCAUCCUCAAGCAAUGUCAUUCGUUAAUCGCCUCUUCGACGUGUUUACUGAUCCGAACAUUGGGACGGAUGCAGCGAAAGCGUUUGGAGAAGUUGCUAGCAGGGACACAAUCCUGACUAAAAAGAACGGGGCGGUUGUGAAGAUACUUUGGGCACAGAAAUUUGCGACCGGCAUCUUACCUCGGCUUAUGAGCGGUGCGAAGGACAACAGUGAUGCGACCCUCCAACACGCCUACCUUGUUGCCCUCACCUCCCUAAUCAAGUCCGUCCCCCAUGCCGCAUACUCCCACGAAAUGUCCGCCCUCCUCCCACUGCUCCUCCGCGCUCUCCCAAUCCCGGACUCCGACAUUCGCGCGGAUGUAGUCGAAACCCUCCUGGGUGCCGUGUCAACGUCGCCGCCCGCCCAUGACAAAGAAAGGGCAAAAGACGCCUUGACAGAAGAAGACAGCGUGCUCAGCCAACACGCCCCUUCGUUGGUCCGGACAAUGCUCGGUUGUGCGAAAGCCGGGCCCCUAUCGACCGCGCGAUUGCGUCUCACCUCGCUGCGGCUGCUUUCUGCCCUGCCCAGAGUCGUGAGAUAUGCGGUUUUGCAUCCGCUCAAGGCCGAUGUACUGCGUGGGCUCGAUGAGGCAUUAGACGAUCCCAAAAAGAACGUGCGAAGGGAAGCAGUUGACGCUCGCGAGGUUUGGUUUAAGUAUAGUGGCUAG